UCACAUCGCCACCGCACCAGAUCACAUGUAGGACUUUGCUCAGUUCGAAACACACACUCAUCCGGUUCGUCUCAGGCCAGUUUUUCCAACCGAAUUAAAGCUUUCCAUCCAGUAACAUUGUUCUAGUUAUAAUGGCCCUCUUUUACGGCGUUGAGAAGCAGAAGACGGUACCCACGUACAUGAAGUACCUGAUGUGCGGGUCAUCCGCCAUGCUGGCCACGACCCUCACCCAGCCGCUUGACCUUGUCAAGACCCGCAUGCAGUUGUCCGGCACUCUGGGAAUUAAGGAGUACAAGACCUCCUGGGAUGUCCUCUCGCGAGUAUUCAAGAGCGAGGGCAUGCUAUCGUUGUACAACGGCCUCGGAGCUGGCUUGCUGCGACAGGCCACCUAUACCACUGCCAAGAUGGGGCUCUACCAGUUGGAAAUGGACUGGUACCGCAGGAGCUACGACACCGAUCCAUCCCUGGUGGGUUGCAUGGCCAUGGGCAUUAUCGCUGGCGGCUUCGGCGCAAUGUUCGGCAAUCCGGCGGAUGUGGCAAUGGUCCGCAUGAUGGCCGACAACCGUCUGCCGUCGUCGGAGAGACGCAACUAUAAGAACGUGGGUGAUGCUUUUGUACGGAUCGUGAAGGACGAGGGCGUGCUCACGCUCUGGCGCGGAUGCCUGCCCACCGUAGGCCGUGCCAUGGUUGUCAAUAUGGUCCAGCUGGCCUCGUAUUCCCAGCUGAAGAAACAGUUCCGCGGUCAUCUGGAGGAGGGCUGGACCCUGCAGUUUGGCGCCGGCAUGGUGGCCGGUCUGCUGUCCACAGCGGCCUCCCUGCCACUGGACUUGGCCAAGACACGCAUCCAGCAGAUGCGGCUUAUCGAGGGCAAGCCGGAGUACAGCGGCACCAUCGACGUGCUGAUGAAGGUGCUGAAAAACGAGGGAUUCCUGGCCUUGUGGAAGGGGUUCACUCCGCAACUUUGCCGCACUGCUCCACACACCCUGCUCUCCUUUGUGUUCCUGGAGCAGAUGAACAAGGCCUACACAAAGCACGUCAUUGGAGAGUCCUCUUCAGACGAUUCCGCCUAAGAAAUUCAGGCUGCAUCUUAGAAGAAGCCUUAUUAGAUUUUUCACGCGUAAAUACCAGGUUUAAAUUCUUUAAAAUGUCAAAAAGUAAAUGUUCUUAUAUACAUUAUGUACCAAAUAAGUAUGGUUUUCUUAAGGCCUCAGACUCUGAAAAUAUAUUUUAGGGUACUUAAA